UGGUGUGCGUGAUAUUUUUUGUAUCGCAAGCGUCUAUAGGCUAUGGUAGUCUCUACCAUCAGGCAGGACAUAAGACAGUUUGCCACGCUUUUAGUAAAAAAAAAUACGAGUUGCAAUAAUUUACUUUAAUCUAAAAAAUGUUUACAUGUUUUAUCUUUUUUACACGUUCAAUAAAUACAUGAUCUCUUUUACGUGUAUAGCUGUCUAGCACGCAGGAUACAGGAGGAUGGAAAGUACGUAAAGUUCUUUAGCAUAGCAGCAUGAUAAACAAAAUCUAGAAGUUACCAUGCGACUGACUGUCGAUAGUUUAUUUAUCGAUACUUCUCUUUGCUUCCUUAUUAGUCCCAUUUGUCUCUUUCUCUAAAAAUGCCAAAAUGGCUGAAAUCGGCUUUGUGCCAAGUGUAAAUGGUUAAUUUAUAGUUUCCAGGUAUUCAUUCGUCUAAUACAAAAGAAUUUGUUGUGUAUUCAACUGCGUAUAAUGUUAAAUGUUGUUAUUCAUAAAGAGUGUUAUUAAAACGCGUUUUAAUAAUGAGUGAGGUUGUCAACAAUCAAGGCACUUCUGCGGAAAUUGAGAAGCCGGUCCUAGUAAAUGAUGUCAAAUUCCCGCCUUUCCCAGAACCUACUGAGGAGGAAUUCGAAGAUGAUAUUAGCGAUGAUGAGAGGAUUUAUUACAAGCAGAAGUUUUCAGAUUUAAAUUUCGUUAAUUACAUGAAGUUGCACUGCACUGCAUGUGAUCGACAUUUAGGAUCGUCAACCCGCAAUGAAACUCGUAUGCGUGUUCAUCCUAUGCUGCGCACACUGGUGUGUCAUACAUGUCACACAUUUUAUAACAGUGGUGAAUUUGAGAAAGGUGAUGAUGGUUCAGAAUUAUACUGUCGCUGGUGUGGACAAGGAGGACAAGUAUAUUGCUGUUCAGAUUGUCCUCAUGUGUUUUGUGCUAAAUGUGUUAAACGCAAUUUCGGACAACCUAAAAUAAAAGAAAUUGAGAAUGCAGAUGAUUGGAAAUGUUUUAAAUGUAAUCCAAGGUGUUUAUGGGAUCUUCGUGCAUUAUGUUGGGCUUUACUAAGAUAUUGUGACUUCAAAAAUAAAAUAGCACACAAAACUGAAGAUCCUAAGUUAAAGGAAGCAUAUCAAAAAGAUUGUGCGAUUGAUCACUCAGAGUGUUGCAAACAUAAAACAAAACGUAAAGAGAAAUCUGAGCCUAAGAGUGCCAAGAAAGAUAAUGCUGACUUGGCUAAAAAAGUAGCAAAUACAGCGAUUGCUCGAAUCCCUGCAACAAUACAGGUGAAAAAAUUUGCAUCUAUUAAUAUUGAUGAUGCUUCUAAAGAAAAAAAGGCGCAGAAGAGACCAGCUAGUCCAAUCAAAAGUAAACCUGUGUUGAUGAAAAACCCUGUAGCUAUAGCCCAGGGUCAAAAUAUGAUUCAGCCAAUUUUAAUGCCUGCAUUGAAAAAAAUAAGGAUGCCGGUGAUGACAAGUCCAAGAAUGAAUCAAGAUAACAGAAAAAACUCAUAUUUAGCACAGAGUACAUAUUCCCGUAUACGGCCAAGGCCACCUGUUAUGCCAAUAAUGCAAGCCCCGUUCAAUGGAUUUCCUAACAGUAACACUUUUCACAAUAAUUCAUUUAACCCUAUGGUUAUUAAUGAUAACAUUAAUCUUUCUUUGGAAAGUUUGACACAGGGUUUAGAUAUGUCAGCUGUAGCGGCAAUGUCGAAUAACAGAAUUAAUCAAGAUGAUGAUGUUGUUUGUACUCCUGAUUUUCCCCUAGAGCCACUUUGCGAGGUUACUGAAGACAACACUGAUGAUGAUGUCCAAUGUAUAACUCCUGCCCCUGCUGUUAAGUCUUCACAACCGCAGCAAAAUCAACAGAAUGUAACAAAUUCUUCAGCUUUUAUUACACGCGUGGCGAAUAAUUUGCCUGAUGUAUCAUCUGACAAUAUAAUACAAAUGACUAGCGAUGAUGUGUCUGUGAACACACUUACUGGAGGUUUGAAAUUUCGUGUUGACCCUCAAACACUAUCGUCUAAUAAAAUGUACCGUUUACCUGAUGGGCGAAUUUUCGCUAUUAAUGCAAACCCUAAUAUGCCUGGUGGAUAUUCUGCAACAAUUGUGGCAGUAACAGAAACAUCUGGAAAACCCGUUGCACCAAAAGGUGCUACAUAUGCUGCAAAAUUAAGCGCAGUUCCGUCAUCAACACCAAAAGCAAAACCAGUUGCAUCUAAUAGCAACCAUCGAUCGUCAAGUUCAAGGGCAAAUAUAUUAAAAAAACCUACAAAUGUAUCAAAAACUUCCAGUUCUUCAUCAAAAGAUUCUGAUAUGCAUGUGUCAGUAGAAUGGUAUAGAUUUAAUUUAUUAGAAGCAAUGGAUUCUCUAGAAUAUUCAUUGGCAAGAUUGGAAAAACUAAAAAAACAAGCUACUACAUCGUAUUUACGACAAAGAUCUCUUGAUGAAAUGAGAAAUCUUCAUAGAACAUUGGAGAGGGUUUUGAAUACUUCAUCUUUUAGGUUUAACGAAAUCCGUGAUAAUCUGAAUAAGGAAUUAAAACAAUAUGUAAUUAAAAAAUCUGGUCAUGACGUGAGCGAUGAUGAUGACGAUGUUGAAAUAUUGCCAGACUUGAAUGAUGACCCUAUUUUCAUAGAUGAAAAUUCCAUGGAAUCGACUGUCAAUGAAACUAAUAAUGAAAACCAAGAAGUAGAUCUGACAGGUGUUGGUAGUAGUGAUCACAAUGAUAGUGUAGAAAAUAAAGAUGAUAGUGAUAUGAAUAAUGCACAUAAAGAAGAAAGUGGCUUGCUCAAUGAAAAAGAAGUUAUUUCUGAGGAAGUUCAUAAUGAUGAGAACGAUAGCUAUUCUGCUUCAAUCGAUAAUGCACAAAAAGAAAUAGAAAAUGGCGCUGAUGCUAAAGAUGAAAAUAAUGGAAAAGAAAUAAUGGAUAAUGAUAAACCUAAUAGUCCGAUAGAAAACAAUAAUUCAGGAAAGAGUCGCCAAAUGCAAGAGUCAUCAGAGACAAAUGAUGACAUGUUAAAGACUGAAGUCAGUGAAAUUGUUGAUAAAGAAGAUUUGGAUGCUGUAGAUAAAGAAAAGGAAGACUGCGUAGAGGAUGUCAAAAAAGAAAAUGUGGAUGCUACAGAUAAAGAAAAGGAAGACAGCGUAGAGGACGUCAGCAUGACAGAACAAACAGAGGAUAGUGUGAAACAGCAAAGUUCUAAUGAUGAAAUUAGUAAUAACAUAUCGUCUGAGGAAAAAUCAGAGAAACCUGAAAAAAUUAAACCUGAUGAUGAGUGUACUACAGAAAAUGGUGAAAAAAUCCAGGAAAUGAAUGAGAGUAUGAUUAACAAUAUAUUAAAGGAGGAAGAAAAAUUACCAGAAGCUGAUUUAAGUGAGGAAAUGAUUGAAAAUCUGCUUAAAGAUGAUAAUGUAGAUGAAAUUGACAACAUUCUUAACGAUAAGGCAAUGGAUGUAGUAUAAUGUGUAUAAAAUUUAUAAUGAGGGUUUUUUUUAUGCAGUAAUUAGACUAGUUAUAUCAAAUUAAGUUUGAAAUUAAUAUUAUAGAAUUGAAAAGUCUCAUACAAUAUUAUAUAAAAACUAUUUUGACUGGGAUAUUCACAAUACCAUUGUAAUUUAAAAUUUGACAGCAGACUCAUCCACUAGAGUGAACAGUUAUGUCUGCAGUUAGCUGCAUAGUAAAUAAAAACAAAUGUACACUAGAAUAGUGUUAAUUUUAAGGUAUAGAAAUAAAAGUGAAACUUUUUUUUAAUUAUAAAACGCCACUAUUAAGUUUAUUAAGAAAAAAACAGCUAUUACUUAAUUUCAUCAUAAACAUAGUUAUAUUUUCAAUAUCAGAUUUGAUAUAACUUUUGCUAAUAAAAACUCCUUUACAGUAAACUUAAUGACUAUUGAUUAAUAUGUUACGCUUCUGUAUCCGAUAUUGGUUUUUUACCUUAUGGUGGCACUUCACACGGGUUUUCUAAUUUGCUAAUUUUGUCAAAAUGAAAAAUAGCAAACACCAAGUUAAGUGCCGGUAUUAAGGUUUUUUUAAUGAAGUACCAGAAAAAUUACACACUUCGGAAUUACGGAGUUUACCCAUUGCGAUAGGCGGUUUGACAAGAUUUUGAAAAUGUUUAUAUGUUCUUUUUUACUGUAUAGUGGCUUCACAAAAAGUGGAUAUUUAUAAUUAGUUGUUUAUAUCAGUAAAAAUACGAAAAAAACAAAUAUGCUGCGUAAACGUUUCUCUAGCAAAUAUGGCGUAUUUACAGGCAGGUGAUGUCACACGGCUCUCAUUAAAACGUCAAACAGUUGAAAAGUAAUGUCAUUCGUCAUCGUCGUAACGAACGUCGAACCAGUCGAACGUUUACAAACAGGUGACGUUAUUUUAGGCUACACCUUUUGUCAGAAUAGUGAAAUCGCUUCCAAUAUGUUAAAAAUACACAUGCCAAAAUUGGUACUUUAUUUUGCGCUUUAAGUUUUAAUAGAUAUUCAAAUAUUGUGCGUACUGUCAAAUAGCCUAUUGUAUGAAGCUCUUUCUCUGUGCUUCUUUACUCAUGUAAUGAAACCGUCUUGCCGAUGGAAGUUCCUUUUUUAUUCUUUUUUUACAAUCGUUUCAAUAGCGUCAUAUAACCACGAUUCGGACACGGAGGUGUAACUUAGCUGUUGUAGAAGGCAUGAAUGGAAUCUGGCUGAGCGAGCCUGACGAGCUAACGGGAAAAGUAUGUUCUUCAAUCUCUUUUAAUCCCGUAUUAAAUAUGUAAUCUUGAGUGAAAAGCGGUAAUAUGCAAAUGUAUAAAAUAAAAUUUAAUUUUUUAUUAAAAUAAGCUCUGUAUUUUUAUACCCUUCUGUGAUCGCGAAUUUUUUUUUGAAGACUAUAAUUGAACCACGAGUGUCGUCCAUUAUUUACAUUGUAAUAUGCUAGGUGCGAUAUAUUUGCAUCCAGAGGAUUAAAGCUAUAUAUGUUCUAAUGCAGGGAUAAAUUUCCCUCUUACCUGUUCAUAUGACAUAAAAGAAAAUGUAUAUAUACAUAAACGAUAUUCGUUUUUACCUUCGCUUUCAAUUUGUCCUGUGCUUGAGGUUUCUUAUGAUCAAAAAUGAUUUUGAUUCCAUGUCAAAUCGAUGGAAUACCUAAGGAUUGUUAUGUUUCAACAUAGGCCUUUGUUAUGUAGGGAUAAUUAUAGAAAACUCAUUGUAGUAUAGUCAAGGGGAUCUAAGUGGAUACAAUUUGGCAUUAAAACCACCUUUUCGGAGUAAUAGAAGUUAAUACACUGUUUUGACCUUGCUGGUACAGCAGAUAAACUCUAGGGCAGUCCAUCUGCAUCUACUAACGAAUAAUUAAUAUGCUAUGCUAAAUACGUUUUAUUUUAAUUUCAUACAAGAAAACUACAGAAACAUAAAUUCUUAAUGCAUAAAAUCGUUUUUUUUUGUUCAUUAAUAUGCAAUGACGAAGAAGACGAUUCGCCUUCCUAGGAUGACCUAGUUUAUUUAUGAUGCCACUUCAAAAACGGUACAUUCCAUGAAAAAAUAUUCUAUUAUAGAAAUGAAAUUGGGGAUGCCAUUCGGUAGGUCACAACUUUCAUUUAAUAUACCGUGCAUGAACGACUCCAAUAGGCCGGUCGACCGUUAUCUAAGUCACGUUGCUUAGUUUCCUUUUACAUAUUGCCAUUAUUAUUUUUUGACGUAAUUAGAAUAACCUUUUCUUUGGAGACAUUCUUUUGAUGUUUAUAUUGAACUACCUAUAUUGUGAUGUUUAAAGAAUUGUGAAAAUUUAACUUAUAAAUUAGUUAAAACGAUUGUUGAUUUUGUUUAUUUAUGUUACAAAUUACUUUGACGGAUCCUUUUUUUUGUAGCGCUGCCUUAUUUGGUAAAAAAACCUCGCAUCUCUUUUAACGGCAUGCUAAAAUUGAGACACUGAUUUGUUCUUGUAAGUAAAUAGGUACUGCUGUGUCUGAAUAGUCUUGAACCUUGAAAUUUCAUGUAUUACCAUAUUACGUUGCAUACAAUUUUAUUAAUAUUUAGAUUAUAUCAUCUUUUAGAUUUCGAAUCUCAGUGUCUAACGAGCUUUCACAGGAUCAUAAAAAAUAAAAUAACCCUCUUUAUUGAUAUAGUAAGUUUUGUUCUCUUGGUUUUUGUCUAUUUCAUUGUUUAUCCAUUUCUUUAGUUUUUGUUAUAAAACGAAUAUAAUUAUUCGCUUGCUCAUAACUGGGAGUAACAUAUAACCAUCGAAUCAGAUAAUUUACUUGUGUAUUGCUUUUUAUGUUUAUGUAUUAGUUAUUUUGUUCAAGUUUAGUAUCUACAGUUCAUACAUAUUGCUAAUAUAAGUACAGCGGUCAUAAUGUAAAUGUAAAGGCUAUCUGUAAGCUUCAAUAUAAAAAAUAUCCUAUGUAAAUAUUAGGGUUUGGCCCGCGCCUAUUUUAUCUAUAUAGCUCAUUUUUAUUUGUUAUUAUUUCGUGCUAUAUUAUUAAAGUAGUUGCGCGUAUAUUUUGAACUUUGAUGAGUGAUGUAACAAGACGAAAAAAAAUAGAUUUAAAAUACAAAACUAUUGUAUUAAUUGAAAA